AUGGCGACGCCUUCAAGAAAAUCCGGCACCUCAUCUGAGCAUCUGGAAACUUUGCCUGGUGCUCAAAGUCUACCCAAUGCGUCUUGUUUACCGCAAGGACACAAUCCCCAGGAACAGCCAUGGAUUCAAUCUUACAAAGCUCGUUAUCCUCGCUGGCUUACUGGUAAUAAGUUGCUAUGGAUGGCUUCAAUAUUUGGAUCGCUCGGUGACGCUUUGUUUGGAUUUGACCAAGGAAUCAUGGCUGGACUCCUUGUCAAUUCGACCUGGGUGAAACAAUAUCUAUCCGACAGAGGAGGGGCCAAUGGGACCACGGAUGAUGUCAACGCUUCACUGACAGUUAUCAUUGUUUCAUAUCUUCAAAUCGCAGCGGCUAUCGCAGCCCUCUUUUCCGGAACCCUGGCAGACAAAUUAGGGCGAAAACGAUGUGUCAGAAUGGGAGAAUCUCUUAAUCUCGUAGCAGCUAUCAUACAGUGCUUGCCGCCUAAUCUGGCUGCAUUCAUCACCGGGAGAACCCUUCAAGGAUUUGCAGUCGGCAUGCUGUCGAUGACAAUGCCGAUUAUUCAAGCUGAGAUUGAUCGACCCCAUCGCCGUGGUCUCUUAGUCGGGAUUGAAUACAGCUUUCUGAUUUCUAGCUACAUGCUGUCAUGUUGGAUCAACUAUGCUGUUUAUUAUCCCAUCCCAAGCAACGAAUAUUUCCGAACUCCAUUCUGUGCCCAGAUGGGUCUCGCAACAGUUCUUGUUUUCAUGUCAUUUUUCCUUCCAGAAACACCUCGCUGGCUUGCGAGAUACGGAUUCUUGUCCGAAUGCAAGCAAACCUUGGCGGACCUUCAUGCGAAUGGUGAUACCACAGACCCGGAUAUCCAAAAUGUAAUCCUUGAGAUACAGCAGGCCGUCUUCUAUGAGGGUGGGCUUGGAAAGGUUCGUUGGUCGGAUAUGUUUGGUCGUUACCGUCACCAAACCGUGAUGGCAAUAUCGGCUCAAAUGUUCGCCCAGUUGAAUGGUAUCAACGUAAUUUCGUUUUACCUUCCAGGCACGUUGUCCAAGGCCGGUUAUACCACCGAUCAGCGAUCCUACGUGGGCGCAUAG